AUGCAUUGGCGAUACAAGAAGUACAUCAUACUCCUAGGACACCUAGCAGUUCCGAAGGACUCGGCAGCGAAAGCGAGCGGCUCACGCUAUAUAAAGGAGUCUCCCCUGGCUGCCUCUCAGUGGCGUUUUCUCUCUCGAAGUGGCCAGGAUGAAGGGUGUGGUGCUGUGUUUGUGUUGGUUCGUGGCGCUUGGGGACCCCCCCAAGCAGCGGAGGUCCCCCAGGUGGUGGACAUCGCAGCGGCGUACGAGCAGUACCACCAGCUGUGGCUGGCCGAGGCCCAGCGGAAUUCUGUCGCCCCCUUGGCCCCCCACAAGCGACCGACGCAGACCGCCGCACCAACACAGGAGCAGCCGAGUAUGGCUCCCGAGCCGAUCGCUGAGGUGAAGCAGUCACCUGAGCCAGCGGCGGCGGAGCCAGAAGUAAAGCAGGCUGUUGCCCCGGAACCUGUCGCCCCGGCAGCCCCCGACGCAGAGGCCGCCCCUGACACUCUCGUCGCUGACGCGGCCACCGCCUAUGCUGAGUUCCACAGGUUAUGGCUGGCUGAGGCAGCCAGGAACGCCAUCGCCCCGACGGUCGGCCAACAGCAACCUGUAGCCACGCCGGCCGUGCAGAAAGAGCAGCCUCAGAUGGCAGUGCUGCAAGAUCAACCUGCAGAACAGCCGCAGCAGGCAGCGCCACAGGAGCAGGCGCAACAAGCAGUACCUCUAGAACAAGUAGAUGCUGCGGCGUUGGAGGAACCUGCACCAACUCCAGCAGAAACCGUGGUGGACCACGAAGCCGAGUUUGCUCAGUUCCACGCCCUCUGGACGCAGGAGGCCGCCAGGAACGCCAUUCCCCCCCAGGUGGGAACGCAGCCGACCCAAGCACAGCCUGAGACUCUCCAGCUGGUCGUCGAGGAGGCAGCCCCGAAGGCCGCGCCCCCAGCCCCUCUCGUCGUCAGCCCCGCGCCCUCCGCUGUCGUCCCGGCCAAUCCCUGGGCAGGAGGGCUCACUAACGUCCCCAUCGUUAUCCUGUUUCCCCAGAAUCCUUCAGGGGCGCCGUGAUUUCUUCAAAAGGGGACAUUCCUUUGUCGAGGAGGAUGUUGUUCAUGAGGAUUCUCGGUUCGGAUAUUUUACGAGAGGUACAAUAUCUUUAGGAUCCUUUUCUUCUACAAAGUAUUAGUUCCUUCAUUUUCCUCAUAAAAUGAGUAAUAAGAAUCAAAGAAAAACAGUAUUUAAUGGUUAUCUGAACUAAGGACUAUACACUCUACGUAAAUCAGUGUAUAAAUUGCUGGAUCAGUUUGCCAUUCGAGAUAUGAAGAAGCAAGAUCGCGUUUCCGAUUAAUGAAGUAACUGAUCUUUAUGGAAGGUUAUAUCCCCAGCCUCAGGUGUGCUUGUGACUACGUUGAGUAUCGCUGUUUAUAUGACUUUUUAAGAAAAUAAAACCAAAGAUAUAUAAA